CACGUCGAAGGGUGCUCAUGCUGCUUUGCUAAGAGGUGCUUCCACACUUCCUCUGCCAAUUCCACCACCUAAGGCUAAGUAAAAGGUGCUAGCCAAGGAAGAGUGGUUGGCACGCUGGUUGGUGGAGUUGAUGAUUCUCUUGCUGAAGCUUGUGCAGCUUGCCCGCUUCGUGCGCUGCUAGAGCUGUUGAAUUCGUUGUGGUCGGAUUGUUUGGUCUCUAAUUCGGGGAUCAGACGCCUUCAGUUUGGGGAUCAGGCGUACCUUUGCUUGGAGGCUCGCUAACAUGGCGACCUGUUUAGCUGGAGUGCCAGCCACUGGGAGUUCCUUCUUCCGCACGUCCGUGGCAGUGCAGGGGCAAGCAGCUCCUUCUACUUCCGAGUCUAGCGCACAGACUUCCUUCACUGGUCUCCAAGCCAGGAAGCGAAGUGCCCCAAGGCUUGGUUUAAACUCCUCCUUUCUGGCCCCUUUGGCUCCGGGCAUAAGCUAUGGGCGCAGUAGGAGCAGCAUCCGGCACCGGCACAGAUCUGCCACCGUGGCCCUUUUUGGAGGCCAUGUAAAAGUGUCGGAGAUUAGAUCUCCCCAAGACUUGAUAGACCAAAGCGCGCAUGUGACUCAGGAUGUAGGGAAUGCUGUAAGGAAAGUAUUUGAAAGCGCAUCAGGAAAGGAACCGGUCAUGAUUGCACAAGAAGCUGCAGCUAGCUUACAGGACGUCGGUGGGCGCCUGGCAUCAAUCCUGCAUGUCGAUGAGCUGUCAAACACUGUCGCAGGUCCAGUCAGUUCCCUCCGCGCAUUCGCUUCUUCACUGCCCCCCUUAGAUCUGCCGCACCCGACCUUCCUGCAAACCGUCGGCCUCACUGCCCUUGGGACUGUUCUUACAACCGCCGCCCUUUCCAAUGCUUAUAGAAUGAAGUCGGGUGUUGAACUUCCAGAGCGUUACAAUCCAAAGGCGAUUGCAGCCUACUUUGAGCAGCGGCCCGUCGAUGUCAUGCUGAGGUCAGCGAGCAUUUUGAGCCAGGUAUCAGUGCUGGUGGGGGCUAUUUACAUAGACAUCCAAAGCGGGAAGAAGGAGCUGAAUGAGCCGCUGAGGGCACGUCAAUGCCGCGAGCUGAUCACCAAGCUGGGGCCGACUGCGAUCAAAGUCGGCCAGGCGCUGAGCAUCCGUCCCGACCUCCUUCCCCUCGCCUACCUGGAAGAACUUCAAACUUUACAGGACCGAGUACCUCCCUUCAGUGACGAGGCUGCAAGGAAACUCAUCGAGGAGGGGUUAGGUUACCCUGCCGAAACCCUGUUUUCGGAACUGUCGCCCGAGCCCGUUGCGGCAGCGAGUUUGGGCCAGGUUUACAAGGGAAAGUUGAGAGCAACUGGAGAGACGGUGGCCGUCAAAGUGCAGCGGCCGGGGGUGUUGGAGGAGAUCUCAAGGGACCUCUAUGUGCUGCGGAUAUUGGCUGCAGCGGCAAUGAACCUGAAAAUCGCAAACAGUGACCUUGUGGCUGUUCUUGACAACUGGGCUGGGCGCUUCUUCGACGAGUUGGACUACGUGCAAGAGGGGCGGAAUGCCAUUCGCUUCGAGCGUGACAUGGCGGCGCUGGCCAAUGUUACGGUCCCCAAGGUCUUCCCCGAGUACACCUCCCGCCGAGUCCUGACUACAGCUUGGGUGGAGGGCGAGAAGCUGUCGGAGAGCCGGGCCGUCGAUGUUGGACCACUCGUGACGACCAUGCUCAAUUGCUACCUCAUCCAACUGCUCGAGUCCGGCUUCUUGCACGCUGACCCUCACCCCGGCAAUCUGCUCCGGACUCCCGACGGCAAGCUGUGCGUUUUGGACUUCGGGUUGAUGACUGAGGUGACAGUAGACCAGCGGUACGCUCUCAUUGAGUACAUCUCCCACCUCGUCAACAACGACUAUGAGGCCGUGGCGGGGGACCUGGUCCACCUGGGAUUUGUCCCCCCCGAAAUGGACGACCCCGAAAGCGUUGCGUCAAUCGUCGAGCCGCUGAGCAAGGUGCUGGGGGAACUGGUGAAGGGCGGCGGGGCAGCGAAACUUAACAUCAAUCAGGUGACCGACGACUUGUCACGGAUGUCCGAGAAGAUCCAGUUCGUCAUCCCGCCAUACUUCGCGCUCAUUCUGCGCGCGUUCGGUGUGCUGGAAGGCAUCGGGCUUGCGGCGGAUCCCGAUUACGCAAUCGUGGAGGAGUGCUACCCGUAUUUGGCGAAACGGCUUUUGACGGACGACAGCCCGCGCGCGCGGAGAGCGCUCCGGUACUUCCUCUACGGGCGGAGCGCCCAGUUAAAUGUGGAGCGAGUGGAGGAAAUAUCGGCAGGUUUCCAGACGUUCCGCGCGCUGAUGUUGCCCGUCGGGCCGCCGACGACCGCCGAGCAGCGGAAAGAGGCGGCGACGCGCAUUUGUUCUACAUUCCGCGCGCUGAUGUUGCCCGUCGGGCCGCCGACGACCGCCGCCGAGCAGCGGAAAAAGGCGGCGGUCGUGGAUCCCGCCGCACGGGAGGCACUGAACGUCGUGUUCGCUCCGCAGGGCAGCUUCGUCCAGGAUUUGCUGCUUCAAGAAUUGGUACGCGCCACCGAUGCUCUUUCCCGGGGCGCCAUCGCCGAGUUCUGGCUGCGCGUGGCCGUUCCGGCCUCUCUUCCGGGGGCAGUUCUCGCCAACCGGCUGGGCCUCCCCGUGCCACGUGUCCCCGAACCGGGCACGUGGCCCCUCCCGCUGCCGGGCUACCUGUUCGGUUCCAACAGCUCGGUACCCACCGCCGGACUGACCGCCGAGGACCUGAAGGCGCUCAGCACGUCGAAACGCUUGUGGGCGCUUCUGCAGCCCACGUUACAGGAGGAGCGGUCGCCCCGCGAAACAGCGCAGUUCGCGCGGGAAGUGUGGCCGGUAGUGAACGAGUUACUGCCCGGGGUAAGGUAUGCGACGCGCAAGUUUGCGCGGAUGUUGUUCGAGCGGCAGGCGGCGCGUCUGGCGGCGGACCUCGAGGCUGCGACGAGGAGUCCGGUGGCGCGGCUCGGGGACAGCGGAAACGGAACGCUGAGGAGCGGAAGGGCGCUCGGAACUGGAACGGGCCCCGCCACCAGCUUGACGAACGUCACGACGGAUGUGGCCGUUGUUGGCGGCACCGGCCUCUUCUCCGGCGCCACGGGUGCUGGCAGAAUCCGAGUUAUCCAGUUCACUCCCACUAGUAUCCCAAUUCGUCUCGCCUUCUCCUUCUAA